AUGGCUGACGAAUAUCUCGCGUAUCAAUCAGAAACUUCAGAUAGACUAUCGGACAUAAAUCAAACAGUAAUUCAAGACCAUCAUAGUGCAAACACAUCAGUCAAUCAGUCUAUAGGAAUUCCAUUUAUUAUGAAUGAUCCCGUAUACCACGCUGUUCUUAAUGUGGAGAAAUACACCCUGCCGGUGAUAUGCGUGUUCGGAUUGCUGGGAAACUCAUUGUCUUCAAUAACCUUUCUAAAACUCCCAUUAAGAAGAGCACCCUGUUCAUUGUAUCUAGCCGUAAGAGGAUUCAGUGACAAUGGCUUUUUAUUAAGCCUGCUCCUCCCAUGGAUUUCAGGCACCUUUGAUCUACGUCUAAGCCAGGUGAAAGGUGUCUGCCAGACAAUCAUAUUUAUGUCAUACGUAUGUGGAUGUGUUUCGGUUUGGUUGUGUGUCUUUAUAACAUUUGAAAACUUUCUGCUCAUUCACAAUCCAUUCACAGCCAGAAAGGUGUGUUGUGAUUGUAUUUCAAAAAUCAGCACAGUGCUCUUAGUGCUCUUUGCACUGGCGCUAUAUAGCAUUUCCCUCCGGAUAAUGAAUGGCGACUGUUCGCCGAAUCGGAACUUAACGGAACUGACUCAGAUUCUUGUAUAUAGUGAUAGCUUGUUUACACUUGUGAUCCCAACCGUUAUUAUUUGUGUUCUUAUGGCUGUAAUUGCGUACAAGGUGUUACACAUCCUACAAAUAAGGAAAAAACAUACCAAGCUGUCCAACGUGAUUAUCAGAGACAACCCUUCAGCCACCGUGCAUAAAAGAAUAUUGCCUAUCGCCAAGGUGACGAAAAUGUUAUUUGUGGUUUCCUUUGUGUUUUUUGCAUUAAAUGUCCCAAGUCAUGUUAUACGUUUACGGAUACUGAUAGGAACAUUCACUAAAGGUGAUGAUGUGUUGGGCGGCCUGGCAACCGCGGCGCCAAACCGAGAGUUGCGUGCAGUGUUUCAAGUAAAUCGACGACGCCAGUCCGAACGUGAUGAUGUGUUGGGCGGCCUGGCAACCGCGGCGCCAAACCGAGAGUUGCGUGCAGUGUUUCAAGUAAAUCGACGACGCCAGUCCGAACGUAACACGUUGUAA